AUGAAAAUCCGAGUUGUCCAGAUCUGGGGCUUCCUGAUGACGGUACUGGGCUGGAUCUUCGUGGCCUGCACUUUGGCAAUGGAGGGCUGGAAGAUUGCCUCUGUUGGGGGUAUGGGAGGUUCGGCCAUCAUCAAGGUGGCCUGGCACUGGACCAGCCUGUGGAGAUCCUGUUUUACAGACUCGACCGCUGUCAGCAACUGUCGUGAUUUUCCUGUACUCUGGUCCGUGGACGGCAAUGUCCAAAUCGUGCGAGCCUUGUUGAUGUCAGCGCUUUCCCUCGGUGUGCUGGGGUUUGUACUUAGUCUAUUGGGAAUGGAGUGCACCUACAUCGGGGGAAAAGAACCAUCAAAGUACAGGAAGAUCUACACCGGAGGAUGGUGCCACAUCGUCAGUGGAGUGCUGUCCACAUCUGGGUACGGUGUCUAUGCACAGAAUGUCUCAGCAAUACAUGUUGACCCUGGCCCCACUGGACUCCAGUUUGACCUCGGCACCCCUGUGUUUCUCGGCUUGGUGGGUUCGGCCUUUCAUAUGACUGGUGGUGCCUUCUAUCUGUGGUCGGUGUGUACACCGCUCUGUGGAGGACAGAAAAUGGUGAUCAACGUGCAGGAACUGCCAGACCCAAAGCAAAACAAGUCCACCACAGCUCUGUCCACAGUGUCAGAGAUCACCUCCAAGACCAAACUGUCCUCUGUCUCUGACAUGUCAUUUGAGUCGGAGGGCUCUGAUUUCUCUAGCAUUUCUUCAAGUUCCAGACGCACAGCCAAGUCAGGGCGAUUGUUGAAGACGGGGCGGACCACCUCGCCACAGGCAGAUUUAGGAUCAAGAUCAGGAUUGAAUUCUGACCUCUCUUUGAGGUCCAGCCUAUCGGGUUUGUCAGAAUCGAGGAGUGGCAGGAGCAGUCAGAGAAGCGGGGCAGAAUCCUCAAUGUCAGGCACUUAUAGGAGUGCGACUACACCAUUUAUCAAAAGGUCUUAUAUUUGAACAAAUCAUUAGGUGAAGAAAAAAACUUCAGCACAUGUGAAGACCAACCAGGCAGAUGCGUUUUUUUCAAUAUGUGGUAUAAAUUUCAGUGUGUUUCAGUGGUCUGUUUUCUAUUAAUUU